ACACCCUUUUGUUCAUCCAUUGGUCUAUGUUGGCGUUUUUCUCCAAAACAUGAUAAUAUUGUUUUAAGGUCAGCUCUUCUUUCUAGUUUAGUUUUUUUUUCCUGGUUAAAAAAAUAAAAAUUCAAUAGAUUGUACAAAAGAGACAUUUUUAACCAAAAAAAAGAAUUUAACAAAGAAAAUCAAGAAAAGAAAGAGACGUUGAAGAGACUUUUACUCUAACCAUAGACGAUAACAAGUGAGAUUGCGUUGUCCAUUGAUGGAUCCAUCGUGGCAGGUGGCCUCUUUCAUUGCAUUUAUACUUUUUAUGCUGUAAAGUAUUCAAUUAUUUGGGUUAGAUUAGAAGUUUAAAACAUGUUGUUGUGGUAUCACUUGAUUGCGCAGAUAAUUUUUUUACUACCUCAUAGCACAUUCUUUUUAUUUGAAUUAAAUAGCACUUAAGGUUUUUUUCUAAUUGUUAGAGCUUAUAACAUUUAAAUAGAACUAAUUACGUUUUGGAUAAAAAUGUAAAUCAAUGCCAAUGAAGAUAAAAACAAAUAGCAUAAUUGAUAAUACUGAGAAUUAUAUUUUCCUAAAUAUAUCAUUGCAUGUUAAAACAACUAUCAAGAAAAGUAUAGUAUAAUUUGGAAGCGGAAUUCCAAAAAAACAGAGAACAUGCUAACUCUAAACUUAUUAUAAUGUUUGUAAAAAGGAAUAAGACAAACUACUAUUAUCAUCAUGAAAUGUUAUGCUUCAUGUUGUUGUCACAUGGGAGUUUCAUCAGUAGUGUUCUAUUUGAUUGAUUCUUUUGUAUAAGACAACAAAGUAGGAAAAAUUUUAAAAAAAUAGAAUGAACUAUAUCACUCGUUUUUCUAUUCCUUUGCUGUUGUUCAAUUAUAUGAACUAUUCUGAAAUUACAUUUUGAUGGUGAUGAAACAAUACUAAUAGAAGAAACUAUGUAUUAUGUUACAUUUCAUCUAUAGAUAUUAGUUUCAAUGAAUUUUAUUCAACAAAAAUGAGAGAUAAUAAGCUAAUAAUAAUUAUCCACACUAGCAUUUUUACUGAAGAGAAAUCAUAUUGCUGGCAAUGAGCCAAUUAGCACAUAUAUUUAUUAGCCAAUUAGCACACAUAUUUUGUGGUCAACAAUUGUUUUUUCUGUUACACUGAAUGUAAUCAGAAUCCAUAUCAUAUAUUUUACUAAUAAUUUAUGUAAAUCAUAAUACAAACUAAUAAUUGAUAUUUGUUAUUAAUAGCGUAUCUUAUAAAAAGCUAAUAUCUUACGUGGAUAAUCGAUAUUUGUUAUUGAUAAUAUAUUCUAUUAAAAAUAUUAAAAGGAAACUAUUUUAAAAAUGAUUAGUUUCGGUAUUAGUCAUAUAUUAUUACUAAUUGGUUAUUUAUAAAAAUCUAGACUAUGACUUUAAAUUUGUUUAUACAAAUUAAAACAAAACUCUAAAAUAAGCUCUACAUUAAUUAUUUUGGAAAGCGAAGAAAAUAAAGCUCUAAAUAUUGACAAUUCUGAUGAACUCAUCUACAGCCGUUAAGCCCGAUUAAGAUUUAAAAAAUCACCAAUGACAGUCAAAGUAGCAUCAUUUUCAUCACUAUUGCUCAAGUUAAAAAAGGUGAAUAGUAAUUAGUUUCUUCUAAUAAUAGUUAAUUUGAAUAAUUAUUUUUUUCCAUUUGGUGAUACUGACAAAUGUUAAUAUUCAUUUACAAUGUAUAUAUAUGUCACCUGCAUAGAUUUUGAUAAUGAAAGAACAUUCUCUCCAAGUUUUCUUGUCCUCUAAAAAGUAAAAGAUAAUCCCUAGACUUUCGCCAUUGAUGAGCUCUGACCCCUGCAGUCUCACUACUUCCUCCUCUGUUUCCUCUGUUGAAGAUCAAUAUUUGGUUUAAUGGAGACUAGAAGAUCGAAACCGGUUAAGAAUCUACCGGAGACAAUCCAUUCAUUGCUCGGUACGAAGUCUCAUUUGACUUCAGCUUGGGUCAAAUCUGUCUGCAACAUCGUCAAGAACGUUUCUUCUUCUGAGAUUGCUUCGACGUCGAAGGAAGAAGACGACUCUGCUUUCAUCCUAGUACAGAGCAUCAGAGAUCAACUCUCUGCGUUAACAGUUGAAGCAAAUGAGCAGAACAAACGAAGGAGACAGAUUCUUAACGAGUUUUUGGACCUUAAAGGGAACAUUCGUGUGUUUUGCCGAGUCAAACCCUUAGAAUCCAAAAACUUGAGAGCACCGGUUGCUUCAGAUACAAGAAACGUGAUCAUCGAGUUAACAGAAAGCAAGAGGAAAACCUACAACUUCGACAGAGUUUUCCAACCUGAUUCAUCGCAAGAUGAUGUUUUCUUAGAGAUUGAACCGGUUAUCAAAUCGGUUAUCGAUGGCUAUAACGCAUGCAUUUUUGCUUAUGGACAAACUGGUACUGGAAAAACAUUUACAAUGGAGGGUCUUCCAGAAUCACCAGGUGUCGUUCCUAGAGCAAUCAAGGGACUGUUCAAACAAGUGGAGCAAAGCAAUCACAAGUUUGUAAUCAAGUUUAGUAUGCUUGAGAUUUACAUGGGGAAUCUCAGAGACUUGCUUGUUACUCAAGGAACUAAACCCAUUAGUCCAAUACCUCCAAGUCUUGUGAUUCACACAGACGCAAAGGGAGAGAUAGAUAUCGAGCACUUGGUGACUCUUAAAGUGAAUGACUUUGAUGAAGUCUUCAAAUUAUACAAAGUAGGUUGUCGAUAUAGAGCAACUGCCUCCACUAACUCUAACUCUGCAUCCAGCAGAUCACACUGCAUGAUCCGAGUAUCGAUUACUUGUGCUGGAGCUCCUGAGAGACGGCGUGAAACAAACAAGAUAUGGCUAGUUGAUCUUGGAGGAAGCGAGCGCGUGUUGAAAACGAAAGCCACUGGUCGCCGUUUUGAUGAAGGCAAAGCCAUUAAUCUCUCUUUAUCUGCUUUAGGAGAUGUCAUCAACUCUCUUCAACGCAAGAACGCUCACAUUCCUUACAGGAACAGCAAGCUCACACAAGUUCUCAAAGACUCUCUCGGGCAAGACUCUAAGACAUUGAUGCUUGUUCAUGUCAGCCGGAAAGAAGAUGAUCUUUGCGAAACCAUAUGUUCUUUAAAUUUCGCAACUAGGGCAAAGAACAUCCACUUAGGUCAGGACGAAUCAAAGGAAGAACAAGAGAAAAAGGAGGCAGUGAUGAUGAAUCUACAGAAGAUGAUGGAAAAGAUCGAGCAAGAACGUGAGACAACGUUGAAAGAGAUCAGAUCUUUAAACGAGACAUUAGAGAAACUCACUAGUAAGCCUCAUGUUACUGAAGAAGCAGAAGUGGAUGAGAUAAGAGAAGAGGUUCAAGUUACACCAAAGUUAAAGAGAAACAAAUCAAGACGUGCUUCAGAUGUGUUUCCUAGCUUCAUGAGACCAACAGCUAGUAGUAGCAGCAGAAGGCUAUCAGGAACAUAUUUUAGCGUGAUCUCUCAUGGUCCUGGCCUUAAGUCAAGAAGGAACUCAAUGAUCUCUGUCCGAGCUGAAUCCGCGUGUCUUCCCAUGAAGAAGAACGGGUAUGAUUCCGUGUGUGACUCAUCAGAGAGAAGCGUCUCGAAGUCUACUUGUGUCAUGCGUGCAGAUGAUGCAGCAACGGUUGAUAGUCAGGACAUAUCUGAAUGUGAUAUUAAGUUGGUCGUGUCUGAGCACAAGCCAAAGGUACAGCAUCUGGGCCACGGAUCUGCUAAGAAACCUAGUUCUUCAAAGAUUGUUGGAACAGAGUUUUCUAGGGUUAACAGUUGGCUUCAUUCGCAAUCCGCAAACAGGAGUUACUUGCUUGACAAGAAACAGCUUCCUGCGACGCCUCCCCCGGUUAAAGCACGCAGUCUAAGCAGAAACAGAUCGUUGGAGAAGUCAUCUGCAAAACUGGAAGAUAUAGAAGAGUACAGAACAGAGGAGACAGUGAUUAAACCUACACCGAUGCUUAAAGAUCUGUUUGAGCUGCAAUGUCUCUGUUCUUCCGAAACAGAGGAUCAGAUUCUUUCCAAAUACCCUAAUCCUGACAACGACGGUGACAAUAAUGUAUGGGAGCAAGGUUCACUUAAGCCAAGAUCUCAGAGAGGUUUGGCUUUCCCGGAGGAUAUAGCUCCACCAUUGCGUAGGCAACAAGUAAUAUUGGGCGAGAGAGGAAGAGCUCAAACGUUUAUGCAGAAGCUUCAUGCAUUAUGCUUAUGCAUAGUUAUGGCACUAGGGUUUAUUGAUGUGGGGUAUGGUAAUGACUUCUUCAAUGGGUUAACGAAGUAAAGACAAAGAACUGCAGGCUGUCUUGAUCCCCAAGCAAAUGAUGCAAGUUUAGCUUUCUCAAUAGAGAUUUAAGUAUGUAUUAUUUUGUGAAUAACCUGUCAAUGAUUUUGAGUAAAAGAAAAUCAGAAAAGCCUGUCAUGUCUUGUUUUCUGGGGUAAUGUCAAAAGGUUAUAUGGCUUUUAUAGAAA